AUGAAAAGAAACGUUUUCAAGUAAUGUUUCUUUAGAUACGUGAGAUGUAUAUGGUUUAUUUUAUAUUACAUUGCAUGCAUAAAACUUGAAUUGGAAAAAAUUCUAUCUAGCACAUUAAAUAAUAAUUGCUGUAUACUGCACAAUAUGUAUAAAUGAAUGUGUUCAUUGACAAAAAUUAAUUAAAUGUAACAUUACAUGUACAUUACAAGGAAAAAACUAUUAAGAUAUUUUUAAUUUAAAUCAUAAUAGAGCAUCAUUAAAUAAUUUUGUGUAUUUUUAUGAACACAUGUUUCAAAUCUGUAUUACAUAUUUAGUGAUAGGUUUUCAAUAUAUAUCUAAUUUACAAGAAAAAUAUAUGUAUGUGAUGUUUCAUUCUAUAAAUGUGAAAUCAAAUUCUUUUUUCUUGUAGUAUCAUAUCAAAAUGUAGAUAAGAACUUUAACUAAACAAAAAUCUUGGUAAUAUGUAUGUAUAUAUUUACACUCAUAAAUCUAUGGAAGUAUUAAUAAAAUUGAUGCAAAUAAGUAUUAAAGUUUGAUGCAAGUACAUUAUGCAUUACAUAAUAAAGAAAACAUGUUAAUAAAUUUUCAUUUUUUAUAAAAGAUAACCAAUAUUUUAUGUACCAUUUUUAUAUUGUAUAAAUGCAAUAAAAUAACGAAAAUUAAUUUGGAAUCAACUAGAAUUUUACUCUUCAAUAUUUAUUUAAUUAUAAAAUUUUUAUUUCAUCUUUGUUAUCUUUUUCUCAAAUUUUUAUCAUACAAUAAUCCAAAUUUAUACAAUAAUUCAAUAAUUAAAUUUAUAACGCUGAUUUUUAUAUUACAUUUUAUAUUACAUUUUUAACGUUCAGAAGAAACUUAAACCUUUUAAAUAUAUCUAUCUAAUAGUAACUUAGAUUUAGAAAACGUAAAUAAGUAUACAAAUGAAUUUGUGUCUAUGGAGCGUUGGACACAAAUUUGCUUGUCGGAAUGUAUAAAUAUUGGAAAUAUAUUUAUUAUUAUUUUUAACUGUUACUUGUUCAAAAACGAAUAUUAAUAAAUAUAUCAUUCGGAAAAUAAGAAUAUCUGUCAAACAUAAACAAAAUUGAUAUAAUUUGGAAAACUCGUCCUCUUUUUUCUUCUUUUUUCUAGAUCUAGAUUUCCUUAGUCAGAGGUGGUAAACUGGUAACCCGCGGGCCGGCCGUGGUCCAUGCCUCUACUUUUUUGAUCGGUUAUCGAUCUCUUUAUUUUGGCUUUGGCUUAAUUAAUUUAAAGAUCGGAAAAGCUGCUUGUAUGGUGCACUGCGGCAGGAAAGACUGCACAGAAUGGAAACUAAUUUUCAUGCUGAACGAAUCGAAGUUUUACAAUGCCACUUAUUAUUAUUACCGGUAUACCAUGCAGUGGUAAAACAACACGCACUUCCGAAUUAAAAGAAUAUUUUGUAAAUAAAGGAAAAAAUGUAGAAGUUAUAAAUGAAAUUGAUGUUGUGACUAAAAGAGGUUUUGAUAAAAAUAAAUUUUAUGCUGAUUCUAAAAGCGAAAAGAGUGUGAGAAGUGACAUAAAGUCAAUGGCUCAACGAAUGUUAAAUACAAAUGAUAUAUUAAUUAUUGAUGGUAGUAAUUAUAUUAAAGGAUAUCGCUAUGAAAUUUAUUGCAUAACAAAAUUAUAUAAAACUGCACAGUGUACAAUAUUCUGUGAUAUACCGAUUGAACAUGCUUGGUUGUGGAAUAAAAGAAGAUCAGAGUAUGAAAAAUAUAAUAGAGAAAUUUUUGAUGCACUUGUAAUGAGGUAUGAAAUACCAGACAGCAAAAAUCGUUGGGACGUACCAUUAUUUGCCAUAUCAGCAGAGGAUGAAUUAAAAUUCGAUGAAAUUUAUAAAUUGUUGUAUGAAGUAAAAGCACCAAAACCAAAUUUAAGUACACAGUGUGCGAUAUUAUCAGCUAAGCAAUUGGGUAUUAAAAAUGAAUUUAAAAUACCAGGUUGUAAUUUAACAGUACAAAACUCAUGUACUGCAGCACAGCUCAUGAGGUUACGAAGACAAUUUUUAACUUAUAGUAAAAUGCAACAAAUUGAAAUUAAUCAAAUUGCAUCAUUAUUUGUACAAUAUCUUAAUAAAAGUUUAUAAAUAGGCAAAAUAUUAGCGUAUUUUAUCAUUAAUUAACAUAUUUUUGUACUAAAGAUAUUUUGAAAUAAAAUUAUUUUAUAUAAGACAAAAAUUUAUUGAUCAAAUUUUCAAAAACGUAUUUUUAAUAAAAAAAUUACAUCAUUAGGCUCACUUUAUAAUAAUUGUAGCCUGCAUAUUUGAAUUUCAAAUGUUAUUAACUACUCAUUUUGUUAAUAUAAACAAUUUUGAAGCAAAUGAUAUUUGUGUGACUUGAAUAUAUCUUUCAAGAAAUAGAAGAAAUAAUGAACACUAUAAUAAGAAACACCCAAAUUAUAGAAUUGCACUUUUUAUCAUAUUAAUGUAACUCACAAAAUUAUACAAGGCAACAUUGGUUUGUAAGAUAAAUUUAAUAAUUAAAAUAAAAUUUGUCUUCAAACCAGUUAAAAAAGAAUAUUGCAUAGUAUAUAUAUGCAACCAAAUCAAGCUUCUUUUAUUUUGUAUCAUCACGGUAUAUGAUAAAUAUUUUAAACAAUAAACAUUAAUAAUAUACUAAAUUACAAAUAUCAAAACUGAAAGAAAAAGAAAAAUUGCAAAAUUGUUAAAGAAUCAUUUUGAACUUGAAUCAAUUUUUGUCGGUAUUUAAAAAAAUAACUGCGCAAUUUUUAUUAUCCAUUAUGUUAACAACAGAGCUGUUAAUAUUUAGUAGUUACAUAUAGUGAAAUAAAAUCCUAGAUAAAAAAAUAUUAGCUUAACUUUUAACAAUAUUUAAAGAUUUUUUUUAUUUUUUUUAGAUUCAAAUUACCUAAUAUUGACUUGAUUCAUAAAGUAUAACAGCUUUGUUUUUGUAGUAAUGAACCUAUUAUGUAACGCAUUUACAAUUAUAUCAAUUUUUCUUACAAGUGAAAUACAGGAAGUCAUCAAUUUGAUGAGUUUUCUUGUUCUUGCAUACCAUUACUUUCAGUACCAUUUCUAUGAUUUAUAUUAUUAUCUAUGUGUCUUUUAGGUUUUCGACAAACGAAAUAUACGCUGUUAUAUUCACAUUGCAACAUACUAUUAAUGUUUUGUGCAUAUCGUGUUUUUACACGCGUUUCCUCCUUCUGAAAAUAUUAUAAGUUAUAAAAGCUCUCUAAUAUUAUUUUACGAAGUUGGUUACCUCUAAUUGAAAUCCAAAACCUUGAAUCACAUCACGAACUACAUCAUAACUUGGUUCUAUCGAAUCUUCCAUUGGCAUAUCACUAAAAUGAUAUAAUAGUGGUCCAAGGUUUAUCCAUAUACCUCCAGGUUUUAAAAUUUUGUAGAUAGUCUCAAUAAAUUGUACAAUAUUAUUUGCACAAUCUAUGAAAAAACACGUGGCAAUGCAAUCCCAGUGAUUGUCUUCUGUAUACACCUAAAGUAUGCAAAUAGAAAUUUUUAAAGUAUUUUUUUUUUUUAAUAUAUCAUGAUAUUUACCUCCAGAAAAUCUCCAGCCGCCAUAGAGAACUGUGCAUUUUCUGGAAGAUCACUAGGGUUUACAUCUGGGAAGAACACAGCUUGAGUUUGAUGUUCAGGUUUUAAAUUAUUCAUAUACUGAUGUACCCACGGAUGUACUUGGUAUGAAUUUACUCCCCUACAUCUAUGAAAUAUUAAAUAUUGUUAAAAAAAUUUGUUUUAAAGGGAAUAUUUAAAAUAUUUAUUAAAAAUAUUUAAUUUUUACCUACUUAUUUAAUACAAAAUGAGAUGCAAAUAGCAUGAAAAGGGAAAAUUCAUUUCCUUGGCAAGUAUAUCCACGUCUCGCAAUUUCAUAAGCUAAUCUUCCUAAACCUGCUCCAGGUACUAGAAUUUGCACUUUUGAUGGUGUACUGGAAAUUUACCUAUCAUUUCAUAUUUUUCUGAACUAUGUCUUACAAUAUCACUGUAGCUAUUCUAAAUAUAUUUUAAUGGAAUGUUUUAUUGAUAUGUAUCAGAAAGUUUAAAAAGUUCAUACCAAUAGUCUACAGGGAAUUGAUUCAUAAUUUCAUCUAUAACAGGUUGAUAACAAGCCAUUCGUUCUUCAGCACCUUCCACACUCCAAUCACGAACCAGUUGUUUAAUUGUAGCUUGGACCUUUUCUUGAUCAGCCAUUACUGGACGAGGAUUUAAUGUCUGCAAUUAGACCUACCUAUAUUUUGUACAAUAGAAUAUAUUUUUAUAAAAAAAGAAGCUUGUUAAAAUGAUAAAAAAAUCCAAGCUUGAAUGAGAGAAAUAGAUUAAAUAUUUGUUCUUAAUAAGAUAAUGUUAUAACAAUAAAAUCUUAUACAUAAGACAUAAGACUUUUACAAUGUUAAUCGUCAGUUAAAUAAACAUAUAAAUAUAACUUUGAAGUAUCUGUUUUCGAUAAAACAAAGUAAAAUAUCAUAUGAUGAUAUGAAUACAAGUAUGUUUAUAUUUAAUAAGGUUAAUAAAAAUAAUUAAUCAUAAUUUUAAAAACAUAUAUUGUACAACAGAAUAUACAUGCCACACACCAGGUGAACUUUUCUUACACUGUCAGUCUGUGCAGUAGCUGGGCUCACAUUUUCAAAAAUAUGUGCUACAUCUUUUAUGAUAAGUUUGAUUAUCUCAUCAUUAUUUUCAAUACACCUUUUAACUUCUUGUAGAUGUUCUUUAUACUUCGAUAACAGUUUCUGAUGAUGAGCUGGAAGUGAUAGCAAAUAGGAUUCUGUUUUCUUAACCCUUAAUAAUGAAUGAUUUCUGUAAAGAAAAAAUUAUGAUAUAAGUAAUAUUUAUUAGUACAAUUACAUCCACUACAAAUUUUACACUUCAUCGUUUUAAGUUGUACGGUUAUCAAUUUGAUUUUAGUAGGGCAGUAGUUGGCUAAUGUAUUUUAAUUGAAAAAUUUGUUUAUGAAUUUUUUCUGUUAAAUUCAAAUCAUUAUGUCUUUAUUUAAAAAAAAAAAUUAUAUUGUAACACAAUCUGAGCGCUGACUUCCAUAAUUAUAGAAUAACUAUAAAACUGCAAAUGAAAUAUAUCGCAGUGCUAUAUAAUUGAAGGUUAAGAUGAUAAUAAGAAUCUGUAAUGAUUAUCAAAAAAAUCAUGAUCGACACCUUAUAAAAUUAUCCGAAGUACUAUAUACGAUUAAGAAGGCAAUAGAAUAAAGGCAAUAAAGAUAAGAACAAAACAUCGACUCGAGGAUUAAAAGUCAAUCAAACAAAAUGAUCUUUCACGAUAUACUUACUUGUAAUAUUUGAAAGCCGAGACAAUACGUUGAAAAUGUUUUCUCUCUUCCUCAUCCUCAUAAGUAUCGUGCAUUUUUUUUGGAUAAGGGUUAGACAUUGUUUCCAUUUUUAUAUUCAAACGUACAACUUAAUAUUUCAAUGAGUUUUUUAGCACGACGUUCAGUGGCGGCUUUCUUGGUGCACGCGUUACGACGCGUCCGCAUUACCACGACAAAUCGUCCGCAUUAUCGAAAAUUGUCGGCAGAUUUUAUUUAUUAACAAAUACAAGUUUUAUUUAUUUAACAUUCAAUGCUUUUUUAUUUUUAUUUUUCAUUUUUUAUUUUCAAUUAAUUAUUUAACGCUUUAAUAUAUUAGAAAUUGACUUUAAAUGCGAGAAAGUUACAUUAUUUGGUUGUAUGCGAUAUUAAACUUUCUGCGGUGAAUUUCAAUUAUAAAAAUAUAUAAGUUCAUAGUUAUAUAUAAAUAUAUGAAUUAUAAAUUGGACAAAAACUGACAUGUUGAUAAAAGAAAAUAUCUGUUAAAAUAUGUUUUAAAUAAAAACAGUUGCAAGUUUUAUUCCUUAAUUUUUCGUUAAUAUUGUAUGUAACUUUAUGUAAUAUAAUCUUUCUAUAUGAUUUGUUAUAAUUAACAAAAAAUAUAUAAUUCAAAAAUAAUUUAUUUUGAAAGGUUAUAAGAAUAUUAUUAUCAUUUUUUUUUAAUCCUUUGCAGUAAUGUAAUUAUAAUUUGCACAGUAAUCGAAGUUGUUUCAAAUAAAUUCAAAUUUUGUGAAAAGUUAGGUAAAAUUUGUUCGAUAUUUUUGCAAUUUGCAUUAUUAUGAAACAGAAAAUCUCAAUUUUAAUUUUGUUUAUUUCUUCUUUAGUUAUAUACAAAUUAGUUAGUUAUAUAGAAUAAUAAUACGUUUUAAUUAAAGGGUGGCACUUUAGAUUUUCCUUCUUCUACAUUGUUUAAUAAACUAUUAUCUAACCAUUUUCGAACUAUUUCGAACUUUCUCUUUGGCAUUCAUUAUCCUUUGGUACAGAAUAUAAAAUUUAUAAUUUUACAUUUCAAUUUAUUGGAUUUUCUUUUUAUAUAUAUUUUUCUUAUUAUCGUUUAUAUUACCUUUUCCUAUUGUAACAUUAUUUCUUAUAUUUGAUUUAAUAAUAUACUUUAAUAUAAUUUAAUUAUACUUUAUAGAAUUUAUAA